AUUACUCAUCAUGGUUCACAGCUAAUGGACGUAUUGUUUAUUUUAUACCUCGCUAUUUAUUGCGUUAAGAUGGGUCUGUAAAGUUUCCAGAUAUUUUUGCACACCUGUGUGUGCCUUUACAGCGUAACAAAAAUGAUUGCCAAGAUGGCGCCCUCAACGGACAGCUUUGUCCCUCAACCACUAUCACCAUCUCUAUUGGUUCACCAUCCACACCGGCUUGUAUUUAUUUCAGUGCUUACUAACAGCAACUCUGAUUAUGAAUACAAGCGCAUGGGAUUGGUCGCUGGCUUCGGCCAACGGCCUGCUAACUAAUGAAGAAUGCUCUAUGCUGCUCGAUGUCGAUCUUUUCAAAUCUGAUGAUGAUUUAUUGCGGCGCGUCGCCGUAUGGAUUUUCGCACCGUUUAGACUUGUAUGAAACUGCACACUGCGGAUAAAAAUCACGUGGUCACCGUUCGGCGGUCACGCACAAUAUCGACUGGGCCCAAGCAGCAUAGAAAAUUUAAUCGUUUAUAAGAUUAAUGAAUUUGAUCGUCCAUUAUCGGCGGGAGUUGAAACUUAUAUAACUUACUUAGAUAAAGAUCUACUUAAAACAUUCCCGAGCGCUGCACCGAAGAUCGAACUUGAAAAAUUCCACCUUCAGGAUGACGGUUCUAACAGUCUUUACCCACCAUCACCUCCUGAAACGAAGCCAAGUCGCGCCGACCUUGCUAACGAUCUUCUGCAGCAGCUAGAAAAUAACUGCAAGCAAGAAAACAUCUUUCCCAACUGGCUUGAAGAGAAGGUGGAGCUUCCAAUCUUCGAAAACAUCAGCCAAGUACCAGAACGCGUUGAGGUGCCGUUGCAAACCGCGCCAGUGCCUCCAGCGGUCUCUUAUCACAGUCAUGUGAUGCCACAGCCGACGGAAGAACUCCUACGAGAAUUUGAAUCCGUGUAUGGUGCGGUGGAGCUGACCCAUCUUACCCCGCCGCAGAGUCCGCCUGGCCCUGCUACUCAGUUGCUGCUGAGUUACGCACAACAAGCUCAAUAUGCUCCUCUUGCUCCCACGCUUCCUUUGCAAGCCGCUCAAGAUCAAUGGCCAGUGGCGCAUACGUCGUCAGUGUUGCCAGCUGAAUACGAUUGCGAUCUCCAAGCUGUUGAAGAGCUAGUUCGUCAUCGCGCAGCUCUAUUAUCAUCCCCUCAAUGUUCAGCCGACAGUGGUAGUGUUUCGCCUCGUUCUUCACCCCCCUCGUCGCCGCGUUCGUCGUCAACCGACGAAGAAUGGUCUGCUCCGUCUCGACCUAAACCUUAUUCUCGGAAUGUAGAUGACCGCCGUUCGCGCAAAAAGGAGCAGAAUAAGAAUGCUGCUACCCGCUAUCGUCAGAAGAAGAAGGCUGAGAUUGAAGUUUUGCUUAAUGAAGAGCAGACGCUGCGUCAGCGUCAUACAGAGCUCGGCGACAAAUGUUCAGAUCUACAGCGUGAGAUUCGUUAUCUAAAGGGCCUUAUGCGCGACCUAUUUAAGGCUAAAGGCUUAAUAAAGUAAAACUGCUCCAUCCCCCAAUUUUAGUGAAAAGAAUAUCCGUACUGUGCGAGAAAAGUGCAGGUCCAUUGAAAACUGCUCAACGGGAGGUUUAGGAGCCCUUUUAUUUUGAUGAUUUUUCUUGUUAUGCUAGUUAAGUAUUCUAGUUGGUAUCUCGAAUAGCAAUAACAGUUUAACAUCGAGCAGCGUUUAUCACGUCUUCGGUCGAGGGACAGAAUAUCAUCAUAUUUGAUAAUAUAGGUGGCGCUAAUUCUUCAUUUUUCAUUUUUCUUUUAUUUAGAGUAUAGGUCGCAUUCAUUGCGAUGAAAAUAUGAAUAUCUUAAUCUAAACUUGACUUUGACGGUUCUAUUGAUGUUAUUUUGUAAACAAUUUUAAUGUAUGUUUUAAAUCAUAAAUCAGUUUUUAUAUACAAAAUUAUUGAAUAUUGUUCUGUUUUCAUGCAAUAUAUGGAAUGCGACGGCGG